UUCAACUUCCUCAACCUUUUAACUUUUCCUUCCUGCCAGUUCUCUUUUUUAGGAGUAUUAGAGACAGUGACUUGGGGAUCAAAAUAAACUUUGUAGGCUCUGCAGAUGAAAACAGAAAUAGUCAUUUCCUGGCCAAGUAUAUAUAUACUUGGUUGUCAGUAAAAGUAAAGGGUACAGGGAAUCCUUACCCAUCCCUUACAAGUAGCUUCUCAGGAUUUUCUGCCUUGGCCAAAAAGGACCAAAGGGUUAACUCAUUAAUGGAGAGGAGGUGGAGCGCCACAGGGGUGAUGGCCUGGUGCUUCCUGAGACAUCUCAAAGCUUGAUGCGCCAGCUAUUAAAUUACACCAGCUUGCAAAGAUUACACAAAAAUGGACUAUAAAUUGAGAAAUUACGCAAGUUGUAUGAUUUGCUUCGCCUGCAAAUGUUUCAUAAAAUGGAGGAUUUGUAAUUAAGCAAGCCAAUGCAAGAAAUGAGCUAAGCUAGAGUAAACUUCUGAAUUUAAUCAUCAUAGAAUUGUCUUACAUUGUUCUAACAGGCCUUGAUUCUAAGGCUCUUUGUCCUGUGUUGCAGCUAGAGGUUUUUUGUUGGUGGUGAGGGGGAAUCUUCCAACUCAUAGCAUCUGGUUAAGAUUAGGGCAGUUCCUGCCUGAGGAGCGAGGGGAAAGAAAGGAGUGUAAGGAGACAGAGAAGAAACACUCAACUUUUCUAUUGUCCUCUUCUGAUAAGACCUGGAAAAGUACUAGAAUUUAAGCAAGGAAGAGAAUACUCUGAAAAAAUAAUCAGAAAGCAGAAUUUAGCUUGGAAUUCUCUCCUUUCUGUAUUCUGCAACCCUAUCCAUGCCCUCACCUUGUUCAUCUCCAAGUCUGCUGGGAACCCUAGAGGAAACAGAGCUUACCCCAGUCUGGAUAUACAGUACCCGUUUUCUGGUUGUCUGUGCAAGUUUUUGUGUGUGUGUGUGUGUGUGUAUAAGAGAGAGUGUUAUUUGAAUCUCCUUAGGUCAGAAUACUUGGAAGCAGAUGUACCCAAACUUAGGCCCCUCCUAUUAUAGGAAAAUCACCAUUUGCUCUCUACCUUCCUCACAGAGGCUAGUUUUCCUCUGCCUAAUGGUUCAGAGGAAGGGAUUCAUUGAGAGCACAAAUCCCCGGGUUAUCACUGUAUUCAUGUAUUUUACUUUUACUUGUUUUUCAAGGAAGCCUACAACUCCUAAAAGGUUCAGAGCUGCCUCUCUAGGAAUAUGACUUCCCCUAUGCCCUCACCCCAAGCCAGGCUGUCACCCUUCUGCUGAGUGAAAGUCUUUCCCUAAUUAUGCCCUUCCCUAGGAUGUGGGGACUCAAGGUCAUGCUGCUACCCAUGGUGAGCUUUGCUCUGUACCCUGAGGAGAUACUGGACACUCAGUGGGAGCUAUGGAAGAAGACGCACAGGAAGGAGUAUGAUAGCAAGGUGGAUGAAAUCUCUCGGCGUUUAAUUUGGGAAAAAAACCUGAAGUAUAUUUCCAUCCAUAACCUUGAGGCCUCUCUUGGUGUCCAUACAUAUGAACUGGCCAUGAACCACUUGGGGGACAUGACCAGUGAAGAAGUGGUUCAGAAGAUGACUGGACUCAAAGUGCCCCCCUCUCGUUCCCACAGUAACGAUACCCUCUAUAUCCCUGACUGGGAAGGCAGAGCCCCAGAUUCUAUUGACUAUCGAAAGAAAGGAUAUGUUACUCCUGUGAAAAACCAGGGUCAGUGUGGUUCCUGUUGGGCAUUUAGCUCUGUGGGUGCCCUGGAGGGCCAACUCAAGAAGAAAACUGGCAAACUCUUAAAUCUGAGUCCCCAGAACCUGGUGGAUUGUGUGUCUGACAAUGAUGGCUGUGGAGGGGGCUACAUGACCAAUGCUUUCCAGUAUGUGCAGAAGAACCGGGGCAUUGACUCUGAAGAUGCCUACCCAUAUGUGGGACAGGAUGAAAGCUGCAUGUACAACCCAACUGGCAAGGCAGCUAAAUGCAGAGGGUACAGAGAGAUCCCUGAGGGGAAUGAGAAAGCCCUGAAGAGGGCAGUGGCCCGAGUGGGACCCAUUUCUGUGGGUAUUGAUGCAAGCCUAACCUCCUUCCAGUUUUACAGCAAAGGUGUGUACUAUGAUGAAAGUUGCAAUAGUGACAAUGUCAACCAUGCGGUUUUGGCAGUAGGAUAUGGAAUCCAGAAAGGAAACAAACACUGGAUAAUUAAAAACAGCUGGGGAGAAAACUGGGGAAACAAAGGCUAUAUCCUCAUGGCUCGGAAUAAGAACAACGCCUGUGGCAUUGCCAACCUGGCCAGCUUCCCUAAGAUGUGAUUCCAGCCAGCUGACUCCAUCCUGCUGUCCCAUUCAUCUUCUGCAGUGGUGCAGUGUAGCAGCAUACUUUGGAAGGGAGUUAGUGUGCCAUUCUUGAAGCAGAUGUGGUGUCACCAAUCUGCCUUUCAGUUUCUCCAUUUGUUUGGACUCCAGGCAAUCCUUGCUACUGUCCUUCCCCGCACCCAAGUCUUUUCUCAUCGUGGCCACAGCAGGAAUUUCCCUGACAGGUGUGCACUCUUAGGCUGAGAGAUGCGACCACAGCCUGCCCCGGUGGGUUGUCCUGGGGCUGAUGCUUUCCAGGUAGAGGCAGAGAUCUUCAUGGAGGCUAGAUUCUCACUUAUUGGAAUUAGUUAGCUUUAACCACCCUCCACAACUAGGGUAACCUUACUACAGUUUCCAAAUUCCCUUCUACUAUACCCUCAAGGUAGAAAUUCCUGUAUUUUCCACUACAGUUCAUAAGUAUAUUCAUUAAACCUUUGGUACAAGUUUACAUCAUAUGAGAAAUGUGUUUUCCUUUCUCUUUGCAAUUUUGAAAUAAAGUAUUUGUCUCUUGUCUACAGUUUAAUAAAUAGUACUUAGUACACAU